AAUGUUGGGGAGUUCUUCGAUAAAAAAUGUAAGAGAGUUCAAUUCACACACGCCUGCCUGCCCACAUCAAAACGGCACCAUCUUCACCGUCGUACACCAAGUCUCCACCACUUAAAACCUACCAAGUUAAAAAUCAAACGAAAAACCCACCCCAAUUCAUUUCCUGUUUGUUACACUAAGCUUCAAGCUCCAAGCUCCAAGCUCCAAGCUCCAGCCAUGGCCGCCAUCUCUCUCUCUCUCUCUCCAAACCCUAGCUUCACAACCACCACCACCCACAAGCCCUCCCACCCCCUCUCUACCCCAACCUUUCUCAAAUUCCCAACCGUAUCCCCAUCCACCAUCAAAUCCCUCACCCACGCGCCCCUACUCCAAACCCCAAACCCAACCCCAACCCUACGCGCCACCUUCUCCACACGCGCCGCCGCAUCCACAACCCCAUCCACCACAUUCCACGGCCUCUGCUACGUCCUCGACGAUAACAUCGACACCGAUCAGAUCAUCCCCGCCGAGUACCUGACCCUAGUCCCCUCCAACCCCUCCGAGUACGAGAAGCUCGGAUCCUACGCGCUCUGCGGUCUCCCGGACGCCUACUCCACGCGCUUCGUGGACCCGGAUGAGACCAAGUCCAAGUACUCGAUCAUAAUCGCGGGCGCAAACUUCGGGUGCGGGUCAUCGCGCGAGCACGCGCCAGUGGCCCUAGGGGCGGCGGGCGUUGCUGCGGUAGUGGCGGAGUCCUACGCGCGCAUCUUCUUCAGGAACUCGGUGGCGACUGGCGAGGUGUACCCGCUGGAGUCGGAGGUUAGGGUUUGCGAGGAGUGCAAGACUGGAGAUGUGGUGAGCAUCGAGCUGAGCGAGAGCCGUCUGAUCAAUCACACGACUGGCAAAGAGUACACGUUGAAGCCCAUUGGGGAUGCGGGCCCAGUCAUUAGAGCUGGUGGGAUUUUUGCUUAUGCUAGAGAAGCUGGAAUGAUUCCCACCUUGACUUCUUCUUAGAUUUUACCUUCUGAGUAUUUGGGUCUUUGCCAUUUGGUAGGUCUUGUGUUGGGUUUUACUAUGAAAAGGCUGCCCUUGCAUUAUGAUUUGUAUUUUUGUAUGUUGAAGCUUAAGCUUAAUGGUUACUGGUGUAUUAUGCUAAUUUAGAAAUAAAAACAUGAGUUGUUUUGUCAA